GUUUGGCACCAUAUAUAUAUAUAUAUAUAUAUAGACGUACGAGCGGCCUCGAUCUCUAGGGUUUUGUUUUGUAUGAGCAUUUGAUCCACCAACCGACCUCUUUUCAAAGCUAGCUCUUCAAUUCCUUCUUGUGGGUACCGGCCGGCCGUUUGCCAUGGCGACUCUGGCAAAAUCUGCCAUGCUUUUUGUCUGCGUGAUAUUGGCACUCAUUGGUGUCUGCUUUGGUGCUUUUUACAAGGUGGGUGACUCUCUGGGGUGGACUAACGAAACCAGUAAUAAUAUUGAUUAUUACAAGGAUUGGGCUUCUAAUAAGACCUUCUACGUUGGCGACACUUUUUAUUUUGAGUAUGACAACAAAGAGAACGACGUGAUGCAAGUGAGCCACGAAGAUUUCCAUUCAUGCAACCCAAAAGCUCCGGUGAACAUAUACGAGAGUGGCAGGGACUCGAUCACCAUGUGGGAGCCCGGCCAUAUGUUCUACAUUUGCACCAAGCACGGGCACUGCAAAGCCGGCCAGAAGGUCGACAUCAGGGUCCUCUCACCUCCUCCUCCUACUUCCACUCCAUCGCAACCGCCAUCUAGCCCAGGUUCCAGUACUGCUCCAACUAUCCCUGCAGCUCACCCAUCGCAACCACCUAGCCCGGGUUCCACUGCUCCAGCUGCCCCUGAUCACCCGUCGCAACCAUCUAGCCCAAGUUCAAGUUCCACUCCAGCUAUUCCUGAUCAACCUUCGCAUUCCUCUCCACCUGCGCCUGCCCCGUCUAAAAAUAGUGCUCCCUCGUCCCUGCCAUCCGAGGGCCUGCUGCUUUCUCUCCAGCUUCUCACGGCUUUGGGUUUCCUUGCAUAUAAUUUUUAGCAUGUAUUUCUGUAUGGGCCGAAUGUUGAAAAUUAUUUCAUGAAAAUUAAGUAUCCCUCUUAUUUGAAUAUUUCAA